UCAUCCUAUCUUUCCACACACACCCACUCUUUCAAUUCCCAAAACCCUGUCAGCUUUCUCACCAGACCAUAUUCUUCACAGAACUUCACAAAAGAAUGGCCUCAAUCUCAUCCAUACUCUCUCCCAAUCUUCUCCAACAACACCUCACAAAGCCCUUCGCAAUCCCCCAACAACCCAAUUCUAAACUCUCUCUCCACUCCCUCAAAUCUCCUAACCCUACUCCAAUUUCUCUUCGCUUCUCAAUCUCACAUUUGGGUUCCAACUCUAAACAACCCAAAUGGGUCUCCGCUGUUGCUGAAGAUACUUCGGUUUCGACACAAGACCCGUCGUCCGAGGUGGCACGGAGAGUUUACAUCGGAAACAUUCCUCGGACUGUCAACAACGAUGAGCUCCGCCAGAUUGUCGAAGAGCACGGUGCUGUCGAGAAGGCCGAGGUUAUGUAUGAUAAGUACUCUGGAAGGAGCCGCCGAUUUGCAUUUGUUACGAUGAAGACUGUUGAGGAUGCAAAUGCUGCUAUUGAAAAGCUAAAUGGCACACAAAUUGGAGGGCGAGAAAUCAAAGCAAAUAUAACAGAAAAACCCUUACAAACUAUGGAUUUGCCAUUUUUCCAGUCUGAAGAGUCUGAAUUCAUUGACAGCCCCCACAAAGUUUAUGUCGGCAAUCUUGCAAAAACAGUAACUACAGAGAUGCUCAAAAACUUCUUUGCUGAGAAAGGGAAGGUUCUUAGUGCAAAGGUAUCCCGAGUUCCAGGGACCUCAAAAUCUAGUGGUUUUGGGUUUGUAACAUUUUCUUCAGAAGAGGAUGUCGAAGCUGUAAUCUCAUCCGUAAACAAUGCUCUGCUUGAAGGGCAGAAAAUUCGUGUAAACAAGGCUUAAUUAGCAGAAACUUGGUAUUAAUGUGGCAUAGCAUAGGUGGGAGAACUUGGGUUGGGGAGAAUGGUUUGCACUGUAACUGUUGGAUUGAGAAUUGGAUGUUCUUUUUGUAGAGUCAGGGAACAAGAAUUACAAUAUUUAGAGAACAUCAAACUGUUACCAAAAAGAAGGAAAAAAAGAAAAGGAACAGCCAAGUGUUGAUGAUUGUUUUGUUCGGAGCUUUCUGUUUCUUUGGUUACAAUGAUGAAGUUCAUUGAAAAAGUUUAAAGUAGUUGAGUUCUUGCAUUGUACUUCUUACGUAGUUUUGAUCUCUCAAGCUUCAUGUUUUUGUAAGGAUCUCUUAUUAUUUGCCCUAGACACUUGACAGUUUUUGAGAGAUUAUGUGCACUGAACUAUAAAGAAAAUUGUGCAGUGAAGUUCAAUUUACCUUUUUCAA